CGAUCGUGAGGGCAGUGUCAAGGAGCUGCUGGUGCGGCCACGCCGGACAGUAUUGAAUUGCAGACGUGGAGGAAGGACGUUAACGCCUUCCGUCGCCACCGUUUAUUGAAGCUGUCCUCAGAAGCUACUAGCGAUGGAGAAGACGACUUCAUUCCGGUACCGGAGCCGGGGCUCGCGCCGCCACUCGCCCCUCAUGAUGCAUUGGAGCUGGCUGCACGCCACGGCCUACUCGUCGGUCAUCGUGGCAUCUGUAGCUUACAUGCACAAUCAACUCACGCUCUACUUCAAAAGUCUCGACGCCCAGCACGUUAAUGACGAACUUCUAUACAGCCUCGCGACGGUCGCUACCAUUGGCAGCGAGCAGCUCGAUGGAUUACAUCACCUGCUAUCAAAUAUGGCCUCCAGGCUGCGCUGGAUGUUGGUGCUGCUGUCACUCGUGGUCUGGAUCGGUACGCUCGUGGCUUCACGCUGCUACCACCUGCACUCGCCGCUGCUCCGCGUCACCAAGCGUCUCGGUAUCUUCAUAAACAGGGUGCGCGACUGGCGACGCAAACGUACCAAGACCCGGUCGAAAGCGACAUGGCAUGACGGCACGCACCACCACCUUCACCACCACCGACCCAGGACCCGCACCGAGAGCGAUUUCGAGAUCGACGAAAACGACCUGCUGAUCGUGUCAUCGUUGUCGCCACGACUCCUUUCCAGCAUGGAGCGACAAUGCAGCAGUGCUGAUACUGGCAGUGAUAGUGGGCGUGGCCACAUUCGUCGCAUGACUGAGGAUAAAGGCGAAGGCAAGAUUGUUCGCGCCAAUAGCAAAGGUGAUCUGGGCGGCAAGAUCGUGCUUCAUCCGCGAGAAGGCGCCCGGGGUGGACGGCACGAGAGCAACCAGAUCAUCUCAGACGACCCGUACGUGAGCCGGUUCCAUUUCCAGAUCCAGUACGAUCCAAUGGAGAAGGAGUACUAUCUGCAGGACCUUGGCAGCACGACAGGAACGUUCAUAUUCCUAAAGCCCGACGCACCGAAGCGUCUGCACGUGGAAGACCGCGUCAAGUUGGGCGACACGGAGUUUGAGGUGUCGGCGAUCGAUGAAAAUAUCACGACGGGUAUACCGUUCCUGCGCAUCCGCUUCACCGCUGGCCCCCUCACUGAAAUAUGCCAGACCAUUGGCAAGACAUCCGUGACCCUGGGUCGGCAUUCGAGCAACGCUUUGUGCAUCACGGAAGACGACUCGAUCUCGGGCAGGCAUAGCGUCAUAUCGUACUUCGGCAACGGCUUCUACAUUACGGACCUCCACAGUACCAACGGCACGGCGGUGCGCCUCAGCGCCAGCGGUAAGAAGAGUCGUCGACGCUACCUCUUGCACGGCGACGUGUUUGGCGUGGGUUCCAACCGAUUCAAGGUGGAAUACUCGCACCAACUAGCAGCCCAGCGUCGCCUCGCCAAGCUCAUGCGGAAAGCUGAAGAGGAGGACGACGCUGCGUCGGCGGCCGCCGACGCAUAG